AUGAAGCUCUCCACCCACCUGGAAAAGCCCCAGGCACCGUUGCAAGCUGUCAACGAGGAAGAUGGAGAUGAUCUAUUCGAGUUCGGGCCGUUGAGAGGCAGAGAUAUGAGGAUGAGGGACAAGUCUCUGCGGCGGAGAACGAGAUCCAUGUCUCCGAUGAGAAACAUGCCUUUUGGUAAUAAUGACUGUUGCUUUGCGAAAGAUCUGAAGGAGGGUGAUUUGGGGAAGAAGAAGAAGAAAUCGGAGAAUGGUGAGGAGGAAGAAGUUGGGAGCUUGGAGACUACUCCUUCGGUUACGGCUUCGUCUUCAAGAUCAUCCUCACCUGGAAGAAACUCGAAAAGAUGGGUCUUUCUGAAAGAUUUUCUCCACAGGAGUAAAAGUGAAAGGAGGAGUAACAACAAAUUCUGGGCCACAAUCUCAUUCUCAAGUAGUGGUAAGGAGAAGCAAAUAGAGGCAAGUGUUGGGGGAGAAAAUAGGUAG